GCGGCGCAGAGUGACAGAAAAGCACCGAAACAUUGGCGAGCAUUGGAGGGGUAGAGGGGGUACACGCUCCGAAACAACAAGCACCUGACAAUAAACCCUCAGGCCUUGCCAGAAGAUGAAUGUCCUCAAAGAUAACAAAGACUUGGCCUGUUUUUACACAACCAAACACUCCUGGAGGGGGAAGUACAAGCGAGUUUUCUCAGUUGGGACACAUGGAAUCACCACAUACAAUCCAACAACGUUAGAAGUUACAAACCAGUGGCCUUAUGGAGAUAUCUGUGGCAUCUCACCUGUGGGGAAAGGCCAGGGCACGGAGUUUAACCUCACCUUCCGGAAAGGCAGCGGAAAGAAAUCCGAGACGCUCAAGUUUUCCACCGAACAUCGAACAGAGCUGCUGACGGAAGCACUGAGAUUCAGAACAGACUUUGCUGAGGGAAAAAUAACUGGAAGACGCUAUAACUGCUACAAGCAUCACUGGAGCGACACCCGCAAGACGGUGGGGUUAGAAGUCACGCCAGGGGGCAUCGAUCAGAUUGACCUUCAAACCAACAGGGUGAUCUGUUCCUAUGAUUAUCGUUGCGUUGAAGGAUUUGCCGAGGUUUCAGACUACCAGGGAGGCUUCUGCAUCAUUUAUGGAGGCUUCAGCAGACUGCACCUCUUUGCAUCAGAGCACCGUGAAGAAAUCAUCCGCAGUGCCAUCGAGCAUGCCGGGAACUUCAUCGGGAUCAUGCUGCGGCUUAGAAAGGAUCCUCUGAGCUUCGAGGGCUGUAUUGGUGACAGACUGGGCAAGUACAGCUCAGACGAGUGCAUCACCUCUCUGGCCGAGUUCGUGGUUCAGAAGAUCUCACCACGCCAUGCGGAGCCUGUAAAAAGGAUCCUGGCCCUAACCGAGACGUGCCUGGUGGAGAGAGACCCCGCCUCCUAUAACAUCGUCACUAUCAAACCAUUUGAAGAGAUGUUUGCUCUGAUCUGUGAUGCGGAAAACCCUCAGAUUUUUACUGUGGAGUUCAUCAGGGGACAAAUACGAAAGUACUGCUCAACAGAAAGAGAUUCUCUCAUGGCGAGUUUACUGGAUGGAGUGCGGGCGUCCGGUAACAGGGAUGUCUGUGCAAAGAUGGCCCCAACCCAAAGAGGGCAGCGCUGGGGGCUCCUAAGUAUGCCGGUAGAUGAGGAAGUCGAGAGCCUCCAUCUGAAAUUCCUUGCUGCUCCACCCAAUGGAAACUUUGGUGAUGCAGUGUUCAGGUUUAAUGCCAACAUAUCCUACAGUGGAGUUCUGCAUGCCGUCACACAAGAUGGUCUUUUCUCAGAGAACAAGGAGAAACUGAUCAACAAUGCUAUACUGGCACUGCUGUCCCAGGAUGCUGAGAUGGUCGGCCCCAAUGCUGAGCUAGAGGCUCAGUUUCAGGCCAUCAGACGCCUAGUUGCCUCCAAGGCUGGCUUUCUGGCCUUCACACAGCUCCCCAGGUUUAGGGAGAGAUUAGGUGUAAAGACUGUGAAAGCACUGAAGAGGAACAACAACGGUGUGACCCACGCUGCUAUAGACAUGCUCUGUGCGCUUAUGUGUCCUAUGCAUGAUGACUACGACUUGAGACAGGAGCAGCUGAACAAAGCAUCCCUCCUCUCCUCCAAAAAGUUUUUGGAAAGCCUUCUGGAGAAAUUCAUCAGUAAUGUGGACUACGGAACAGGUGCUUUGGUCAUCAGUGCGCUUUUGGACUUCCUAACCUUUGCCCUCUGCGCACCCUACAGCGAGACGAGCGAAAGCCAGCAGUUCGACAUGCUGCUGGAGAUGGUGGCUUCCAACGGACGUACCCUCUUCAAACUCUUCCAGCAUCCCUCCAUGGCCAUAGUGAAGGGAGCAGGGCUGGUUAUGAAGGCCAUUAUCGAGGAGGGAGAUAAGGAAAUCGCAACAAAGAUGCAAGAAUUGGCACUGAGUGAAGGGGCUUUACCCCGACACCUCCACACAUCCAUGUUCACAGUCAGCGCUGAUCAAAGAAUGCUUACUAACAGACAGCUGAGUCGGCACCUGGUGGGUUUAUGGACAGCGGAGAAUCCUGUUGCUUUGAACCUGCUCAAGAGGAUCCUGCCUACCGGUCUCCUUGCGUAUCUGGACAGCUCUGACGCCGUGCCUGAGAAAGACGUGGACAGGAUGCACAUCCGGGACAACCUCAAGAUCGCCUCUGAUCAGUUUGGGCGUAACAAGGUGCCCGAGUGGCAACGGAUAGCGGGCAAGGCUGCCAAGGAGGUCGAAAAAUUUGCCAAAGAGAAGACUGAUCUAGUGCUCAUGCACUGGAGAGAUAAGAUGGGAAUUGCACAGAAUGAGCAGGACAGGAAUAACCUGAACCCAAACCAAAAACCAGUUGUUCUGAGGAAGAGACGACAGCGGAUCAAGAUAGAGGCCAACUGGGAGCUCUUCUACUACAAAUUUCAGCUCGAUCAUGCACGCUCUAAUCUGAUCUGGAACCUGAAGACCCGUGAGGAACUUCGUGAAGCACUGGAGGGAGAAAUGCGCUCUUUCAACGUGGACCGAGAGCUCGGGAGCGCCAGCGUCAUUUCAUGGAACCAUCAAGAGUUUGAAGUAAAGUACGAGUGCCUUUCUGAUGAAAUCAAGAUCGGGGAUUAUUACCUACGUCUGCUGCUGGAGGAAGACGAGAAUGACGAAUCCGGAGCCAUCAAGAGAUCGUAUGAGUUCUUUAAUGAGCUCUAUCACCGUUUCCUGUUAACACCCAAAGUGGCCAUGAAGUGCCUGUGCCUGCAGGCUCUGACCAUAGUUUAUGGGAAGUGCUGCGAAGAAAUCGGCCCAUUCACAGACACCAAAUACAUCGUGGGCAUGCUGGACAGGUGUACAGACAAACUAGAGAGAGACAGACUCAUCCUUUUCAUUAACAAACUCAUUCUGAACAAGAAAAAUGUGAGGGACAUAAUGGACUCGAAUGGGGUGCGCAUUCUAGUAGACCUUCUGACACUAGCCCACCUCCACACCAGCAGAGCUACGGUUCCCCUACAGAGUAACGUGUUGGAAGCAGCUCCAGACAUGAAGAGAGAAAGUGAGAAGGAGUGGUACUUUGGAAAUGCUGAUAAGGAAAGAAGAGGACCUUUUAGUUUUGAGGAGAUGCAGGAGUUCUGGAAUACGGGUACACUGACCGCAAAGACAAGAUGCUGGGCACAGGGCAUGGAUGGCUGGCGCCCCCUUCAAGGCAUUCCACAGCUCAAGUGGUGCCUUCUGGCCAGCGGGCAGGCCGUGAUGAACGAGACAGAUUUGGCUACGCUUAUCCUCAAUAUGCUGAUCACCAUGUGCUCUUAUUUCCCCAGCAGGGAUCAGGACAACGCUAUCAUCAGACCUUUACCCAAAGUAAAGAGGUUAAUUAGUGACAACACUUGCUUACCACAAAUAGUUCAGCUGUUGCUGACUUUCGAUCCCAUCCUGGUGGAGAAGGUGGCCAACCUUUUGUACCUGGUAAUGCAGGACAACCCCAACCUGCCACGGCUCUACCUCACAGGCGUUUUCUUCUUCAUCAUGAUGUACACCGGCUCCAAUGUGCUCCCCGUGGCACGAUUUCUCAAGUACACUCACCUAAAGCAGGCCUUCAAAUCAGAAGAGGCUAAAGGUCAGGACAUCGUACAGAGGAGUGUGUUAGGGCCAGCUUUACCAGAGGCGAUGGUUUGUUACCUGGAGAAUUAUGAGGCUGAACGCUUCUCUGAGAUCUUUCUGGGAGAGUUCGACACACCAGAGGCUAUUUGGAGCAGUGAGAUGAGGCGCAUGAUGAUAGAGAAGAUCGCCGCUCACCUGGCGGACUUUUCGCCUCGGCUGCAGAGCAACACCCGAGCUCUUUAUCAGUACUGUCCCAUCCCUGUGAUCAGCUUCCCUCAGCUGGAGAACGAGCUCUUCUGCAACAUUUACUACCUCCGUCACCUCUGUGACUCCACCCGCUUCCCCGACUGGCCCAUACGAGACCCUGUGAAAUUAUUGAAAGACACUCUAGAUGCCUGGAAGAAGGAGGUGGAAAAGAAACCUCCCUCAAUGUCUGUAGAUGAUGCCUAUGAAGUGCUGAACCUUCCCAUCGGACAGGGCCAGCAUGAUGAGAGCAAAAUUAGAAAAGCGUACUUCAGACUGGCUCAGAAAUACCAUCCAGACAAAAACCCUGAUGGAAGGGACAUGUUUGAAAAGGUAAACAAGGCAUACGAGUUUCUGUGCACCAAGUCAGGGCGGAUCACUGACGGACCGGACCCCGAAAACAUCAUCCUCAUCCUCAAGGCUCAGAGCAUCCUCUUCAACCGACAUAAACAAGAACUGGAGCCUUAUAAAUAUGCCGGCUACCCCAUGCUGAUAAAAACGAUCACCAUGGAGACUGACGAUGAGCAGCUCUUCUCCAAAACGUCCCCACUGCUGCCAGCGGCGUCUGACCUGGCCUUUCACACCGUCAACUGCUCAGCGCUUAAUGCAGAGGAGCUCCGGCGAGAAAAUGGAAUCGAGGUUCUGCUGGAGGCUCUGUCCCGCUGCGUGGCUGUUCUGACGGCGUCCAGUAAACUGGAGGACAUGGCAGUGCAGGUGUGCGGGCACGUCUGUAAGUGCUACAGCGUAGCUGCUCAGUUCGAGGAGUGCAGAGAGAAAAUCACUGAGCUCCCGAACAUCAUCCGAGACGUCUGUCACAUACUUUACUAUGGCAAGGUUCUUCCUCGUCUCGCGUCGUUGGCCGUGCAGUGCGUGAGCUCCUUCUCCGUGGACUUCUUCCUCCAGACCCGUGUGUAUCAGGCCGGUGCGCUCUGGCCUCUGCUCCUCAGCCUUUUUAAUUACGACUUCACGCUGGAAGAGAGCGGCGUCCAGUCCAGCCAGGAAACCAACCAGCAGCAUGUGGCCAACAGCCUGGCCAAGCUUAGCCUGAUGGCCCUGGCCAGGCUCGGGGGCUACGGGACUUUGGGAGAGGGCGACGGGGAGGGGGUGAAGCAGAACGGUGGUGGACCUGAAGUUAACAGCCCACCUCCAGAGAACCCCGCUGUCAGGAAAAGCCUGGCAGCUAUGCUCACACCGUAUAUGGCACGCAGACUGGGCACCACGACACCGGCUGAGGUGCUGAAGUUGUUGAAUUGUAACUCUGAGAACCCGUAUCUUAUCUGGAACAAUGGAACCAGGGCUGAGCUUUUAGAGUUCCUGGAGGAGCAGCAAGAAGGCAACAUUAAAAGAGGUGAAUGCGACAAAAAUUUCGGUGCACAGUUUGUAUUCAGCGAACACAGCAAAGAGCUCAUCGUGGGAGAGAUUUUUGUCCGUGUUUACAAUGAGCAGCCUGCCUUUCCUCUGGAGUAUCCAAAGGCUUUUGCGGCAAGUCUUCUGGACUACGUGGGCUCUCAGGCACAGUACCUGAACACACUCCUGGCUAUGACCCAGACUAAUAAAGUGGAGUCGCAGCAGCAUGCUCAGAGACUGAGAUGGGCUGAAAUGGCCCUGGAGGCACUGCGAAAUGUUAUCAAAAACAAUCCAGGCUCGGAAACAGAAUGCAUCGGUCAUUUCAAACUGCUCUUUUCACUGCUCAGAGUCCACGGGGCUGGAAAAGUCCAGCAGCUAGUCUUGGAGGUUGUGAACACGGUGACAUCCAACCAGGAGUGUGUCAGUAACAUUGCUGAGUCUAUGGUGCUGGCCAAUCUGCUGGUGCUGCUACACUCCUUACCCUCAAGCAGGCAACUGGUCCUGGAGACUCUGUAUGCCCUCACAUCCAACACCAAGAUUGUAAAAGAGGCAAUGGCCAAAGGUGCCCUGAUCUACCUGUUGGAUUUAUUCUGUAACUCCACCCACCCUCAGGUGCGAGCUCAGACCGCUGAGCUCUUCUCCAAGAUGACUUCGGACAAGCUGGUCGGUCCCAAGGUACGUCUUUAUCUGAUGCGCUUCCUGCCUGGUGUUUUUAUGGACGCCAUGCGCGACAACGCAGAGGCCGCCGUGCACAUCUUCGAGGGCACACAUGAAAACCCCGAGCUGAUCUGGAAUGACACAUCGCGAGAGGCAGUCUCCACCACCGUCAGAGAAAUGAUGCUCGAACACUUCAAGCAGCAAAAGGACAAUCCAGAUGUGAACUGGAAGCUUCCUGAGGACUUCACGGUAGCAUACGCAGCAGGACAGGGUGAGCUGGAGGUGGGUGGUGUGUUCCUGCGCAUCUUUAUAGCUCAGCCUGGUUGGGUGUUAAGGAAACCCAGAGAGUUCCUCGUCUCCCUGCUCGACACCCUCACCGAGCUACUGGAGAGGAACAACCCCAACGGUGAGGCUUUGGAGACGGUCACCACUGCGGCCGUGUGUUUGUUUAGCACUCAGACUCAGUUGGCUGAUCAGGUUCCUCCUCUCGGUCACCUGCCCAGAAUUUUAGGAGCCCUCAAUCACAAGAACAACGCCGUGCCGAAAAGCUCCAUCCGCCUCAUACACGUCCUGUCAGACAGUGAGUUGUGUGUGCGCUCCAUGGCAGCAUUGGAAACCAUCGGCCCGUUGAUGUGUGGAAUGAAGGCCAGGGCUGAUUUGGCAGCACUAGCAUGCGAGGCCCUCAACCGUAUGUUCCAGCGAGAGCAAACUGAUCUGGUCGCACAGGCUCUGAGAGUAGAACUGGUGCCCUACUUGCUGAAGCUUUUAGAAGGAGUGGGGUUAGAGACCGUGCAGAACGCUGCAGCUACCAAAGCCCAGAUCGUCAACGCUCUCAAAUCCAUGACACGCAGCCUACAGUAUGGAGAACAGGUGAAUGAAAUCCUGUCUCGAUCCACUGUGUGGAGUGCCUUCAAAGAUCAGAAACACGAUCUGUUCAUCAGGGAGUCCCAGACUGCAGGCUACCUGACUGGUCCGGGAAUAGCUGGAUAUCUAACGGCGGGCACGGGAGCUACGGUCCUUCCCAGCGUCCCCCCACCAGUAGACAAUGACAUAGGAGACCUGGGCUGAAAAAAAGAGCACUGAGACCGCAUCACUUCCCCAAGAGCAGCGGCCUUCUCACCUCCAGGACUGAAAAAGGGACACUAGAAAGGUGGAUAACUAGAAAAGACAAACACAGAAAGAGAGGGGUGAAGCAUUCUGAACCCGGUGUACCUCCUUCCAGAUGUGUGCGGCUGCAUCUCAAAAAGUCUGCGGUGUCCCAUCAUAGCACUUGUCUUUAAUGAUUCCUUUGUUUCUGUUCAAAUCUACUUUUCCUGUUUUGUUAGAUUUUGUUUUUCUUUCUUUUGCUUUUUCCCACAGAAAAGAAUUGUUUACUUUUUUAUGAAAGUAUUUUUUGAAGAAGGGAGGAAAGGCCUGUACGUAAAGAUAGCUUUAGAAAUCAUACCCUUACUUCACUUUCAUUCCUGCAUCAUGUCUUCUUUACCUUGUCUUGACUGAACAACCCGGUAGCUUCAUCAGGCAAAUACAGUAAUUCCACAUCUGUCCGUUUCAGUGUUAUUUCAGACGGAAGGAAGGAAUGAAUGCUGAUUCAAAUUAAAGGAAAGAAAAGAUUGAGCUUUGAUCAUCCCCAGCUGCAAUCCAUGUCUUUAAGGCUCGUGUCUUUGUGUCCAGAUCCACGUUUCCUAUCCUCUUGUCGUCUUCCUAUUCCCUUUUCUGCCUUUCUUCACCCAGAAUGCAAAAAAAACCACUCGAUUAUUUAUACCUGAGUACUUAACCGUCUAGUGAUUCUCACCACCUGAAAGAACAAGCUUCUGGAAAAGGACCCAGGAAAAUGCUGACUCCAAUUACAAAUCCAUGUGAGAGAUUAGUGCAAUUGUGAAACUGUCUAUAUAAUAUGCGUAUAUAAACUUUCUAUAUGGAAUGUACAAUUUAAAAAAAUCAGUUGCACUUGUACAUAAAAUUUUAAGAAUAAAAGGGAAUCCACA